CCACAUCAUCUUCAUCUUCUUCUUCAUCUUCAUCUUCCCCAACACUACUCACUACUACUGCUCUUCCUCUAUCCAUCUUUCAUUAUAUUAUACUACUAAUUAAUAUUCCAUUCCAUCCCCAACCUCAAUCAAUCAAUCCAUCAAUCCUCCAAUGGCUGCUCACCUAUUGGCCUCCUCCACCUACGCCAUCUCACCCAUUCAAAUCAACCCUAAUUCCCUGCCCUCCUCCUCCUCCUCCUCCUCUAAACUCCCUUCCCUUCCACUCCUCGUCAAAGCCCAAUCCCAAUCCCAACCCCAACCCCAACCCCAACCCUCCGGCAGAAAAGCCGCCCUCAUCGGCCUCGGCGUCGCCCUCUUUGCCGCCACCACCGUCACCGCCACCGCCACCGCCAACGCCGGCGUCAUCGAUGAUUACUUGGCCAAAAGCCAGGCCAACAAGGAAUUGAACGACAAGAAGAGGCUGGCGACCACAAACGCCAACUUCGCACGUGCCUACACCGUGCAGUUCGGCACGUGCAAGUUCCCUGAGAACUUCACCGGCUGCCAAGAUCUGGCCAAGCAGGGCAAAGUCCCUUUUCUCUCUGAAGACCUCGACAUCGAAUGCAAAGGCAAAGACAUCUACAAGUGUGGCUCCAACGUCUUCUGGAAAUGGAACCAGCAGAAAUAAUAAUAAUAAUAAUAAUUCCUACUCCCUAUUCAUUUCUCUAUUGAAUUAAUUGCGUUUUUGUAUAGUAAAA